CCCUAAGGGCAAGUUCUGUGUCUUUGUGUAGUCUCGGUCUGGCCUAUCUAGUCUAUCACGCGCUUGUCUUGCCGCUCUUUCAGCCUGAGAAAUCCACACAUCUGCUUUCUUUGUCAUCGGUGGGUGACUCUUCUGACAGAAAGUUACCCGCUGACCUUUGGGCUCCCUGCCUUCCUGCAGAUCUUGUCUCCUUAGGCGCUUCUCUUUGCCCGAGGGCUUUCUCCGACGGGGAAGUGAAGCCCUGCUCAGUUGUCAGUUGCUCAAUCCGGGGCAUCAUCCCCUCCUAUACUUCAGUCUUCCCGAGUUUUCAGCAGUUCUUGUUCCUUUUCUCUCCUCACCAGUGUGGUCUCAGAAGCUGCCCUCACCUCUGUGCCCAGACCGUGUUGCAGCCCCCCAACCUCCUCUCUGCUGGUCUGCUGCUCUUUGCAAAAUGUCAGUCUCCCUCUCCCCUUUUAUUUAUUCUGUGCUUUUCCCUUUGCUCUUAGAUAAACUAAAGCAAACGUCCUUCGUGUUACGGCUUGCACCUUGCACCAUCUGACAGAGGAACUGUCCUAAUCUUUGAAGAUAGCAAAAUAAUCAUGGGCCAGACUGGGAAGAAAUCUGAGAAGGGACCGGUUUGUUGGCGCAAGCGUGUAAAAUCAGAGUACAUGCGGCUGCGGCAGCUCAAGAGGUUCAGGCGGGCUGACGAAGUUAAGAGUAUGUUUAGUUCCAAUCGUCAGAAAAUUUUGGAAAGAACGGAAAUCUUAAACCAAGAAUGGAAACAGCGAAGGAUACAGCCUGUCCACAUCCUGACUUCUUGUUCAGUGACCAGUGACUUGGAUUUUCCAACGCAAAUCAUCCCAUUAAAGACUCUGAAUGCAGUCGCUUCAGUACCCAUAAUGUAUUCUUGGUCUCCCCUACAGCAGAAUUUUAUGGUGGAAGAUGAAACGGUUUUACAUAACAUUCCUUAUAUGGGGGAUGAAGUUUUAGACCAGGAUGGGACUUUCAUUGAAGAGCUAAUAAAAAACUAUGAUGGAAUACACGGGGAUAGAGAAUGCGGGUUUAUAAAUGAUGAAAUUUUUGUGGAGUUGGUGAAUGCUCUUGGUCAGUACAAUGAUGAUGAUGAUGAUGAUGAGGCGAUGACCCUGAUGAAAGAGAAAAAACAGAAAGAUCUGGAGGAGAACAGAGAUGACAAAGAAAGCCGCCCGCCUCGGAAAUUUCCUUCCGAUAAAAUUUUUGAAGCCAUUUCUUCAAUGUUUCCAGAUAAGGGCACAGCAGAAGAACUAAAGGAAAAGUAUAAAGAACUGACCGAGCAGCAGCUCCCGGGCGCACUUCCUCCUGAGUGCACCCCGAACAUCGACGGGCCGAACGCCAAGUCCGUGCAGAGGGAGCAGAGCCUGCACUCUUUCCACACGCUCUUCUGCAGGCGGUGCUUCAAGUACGACUGCUUCCUGCACCCUUUUCACGCAACACCCAACACUUAUAAGCGGAAGAACACAGAAACGGCUCUAGACAACAAGCCGUGUGGACCACAGUGUUACCAGCACUUGGAGGGAGCAAAGGAGUUUGCCGCUGCCCUCACCGCCGAGCGGAUAAAGACGCCGCCGAAGCGGCCCGGAGGCCGCAGGAGAGGACGGCUCCCCAACAACAGCAGGCCCAGCACCCCCACCAUUAACGUGCUGGAAUCGAAAGACACAGACAGCGACCGGGAAGCGGGGACGGAGACGGGCGGGGAGAACAACGAUAAAGAGGAGGAGGAGAAAAAAGACGAGACUUCCAGUUCCUCGGAAGCGAAUUCUCGAUGUCAAACGCCAAUAAAGAUGAAGCCAAAUAUCGAGCCUCCCGAAAACGUGGAGUGGAGUGGUGCCGAGGCCUCGAUGUUCAGGGUCCUCAUUGGCACGUAUUAUGACAAUUUCUGUGCCAUUGCCAGGCUCAUCGGGACCAAAACUUGUAGGCAGGUGUAUGAGUUCCGUGUCAAAGAAUCCAGCAUCAUAGCUCCGGUGCCGGCCGAGGAUGUGGACACCCCUCCAAGGAAGAAGAAGAGGAAACACCGGUUGUGGGCUGCACACUGCAGAAAGAUACAGCUGAAAAAGGAUGGCUCCUCUAACCACGUUUACAACUACCAGCCCUGUGACCAUCCGCGUCAGCCUUGUGACAGUUCGUGCCCUUGUGUGAUAGCACAAAAUUUUUGUGAAAAGUUUUGUCAGUGUAGUUCAGAGUGUCAGAACCGCUUUCCCGGCUGCCGCUGCAAAGCCCAGUGCAACACCAAGCAGUGCCCGUGCUACCUGGCCGUGCGCGAGUGCGACCCCGACCUCUGCCUCACCUGUGGUGCGGCCGACCACUGGGACAGCAAAAACGUGUCCUGCAAGAACUGUAGCAUCCAGAGGGGCUCCAAGAAGCACCUGCUGCUGGCGCCGUCCGACGUGGCGGGCUGGGGGAUUUUCAUCAAAGAUCCCGUACAGAAAAACGAAUUCAUCUCGGAGUACUGUGGAGAGAUUAUAUCUCAAGAUGAAGCAGACAGAAGAGGGAAAGUCUACGACAAAUACAUGUGCAGCUUUCUGUUCAACUUGAACAAUGAUUUUGUGGUGGAUGCAACCCGCAAGGGUAACAAGAUUCGUUUUGCAAACCAUUCAGUAAAUCCAAACUGCUAUGCAAAAGUUAUGAUGGUUAACGGCGAUCACAGGAUAGGGAUUUUUGCUAAGAGAGCCAUCCAGACUGGUGAAGAGCUGUUUUUUGAUUACAGAUACAGCCAGGCCGACGCCCUCAAGUACGUGGGCAUCGAGAGAGAAAUGGAAAUCCCUUGACAUCGGCUACCUCCUCCCCCCCCUCCUCCUUUCUGGAACAGCUGCCUUAGCUUCAGGAACCUCGAGUACUGUGGGCAAUUUAGAAGAAUAAAAUGCAGUUUGAAAUUCUGAAUUUGCAAAGUACUGUAAGAAUAAUUUAUAGUAAUGAGUUUAAAAAUCAACUUUUUAUUGCCUUCUCACCAGCUGCAAAGUGUUUUGUACCAGUGAAUUUUUGCAAUAAUGCAGUAUGGUACAUUUUUCAACUUUGAAUAAAAGAAUACUUGAACUUC